AUGAACUACAACCAAGGUUACAACCAGACCAACGUCCCGCUUCACAACAUCGACUAUAACCGCGAUGGCAGCCAUAACGCUCAGGAAGCUGGAAAUACCGCCAAGGGAAAACUGAACGAGGCCGGCCGUGCCAUCAAAAACACCGCUGAAAAAGUUGCCGAUAAGGCCGGAGAGCUGAAGGACAAGGCCAAGGAAAAGAUCCAGGAUGGAGUCGAUGCAAUCAAGGGCAACUAA